GCCUGGGGAGGGGCCAUGGUGCCAAGACAGUUGUGGGGGAGACUGGAGAAGCCAUUUCUCUACCUGUGCUGCAUCUCCUUCUUCCUGGGGCUGGCUUUCCUGGGCAUCUGGCCGGACAUCAACCCUGCUGCUUAUAUUUUUCUGACCUUGGGUGGCUUCUUCUUGUUUGCCUGCCUCCUGGCCUGUUUUCUGGAAUGGGUGUUCCGAUCAGUGCAGCCGGAGAGCCCAGGGGCCUCAGGCAAUGCUCGGGACAAUGAAGCCUUUGAGGUGCCAACCUAUGAAGAGGCUGUGGUGUUGGAAUCACAGUGCCGCCCCCCAGAGUCGGAUCAACCACCUCCCUACAGCAGUGUUGUAAUCCCCCCAGGACUUACAGAGGGACAGCCUGGCCAUCCAGAGGGGCCCAGGAGAGCCAGAGUGGAAAGGCGAGUGGGUUCAGAGGAGUCUAUGACCCCAGGAAGCCCUGGAAGAGCUCCAAUCAGCCUUCGGCUUCGGGGACCACGAGUCGUGUCCACAGCUCCUGAUCUGCAGAGCUUGGGCACGCCCCCCAAAUUGGAGUCGCUCCCCAAACCGGAGCCUCUUACUCCACCCCCCGACUAUGAUAUCAGCUUUGGUCACCCUGAUGAUAAUGUUUUUUAUGAAGACAACUGGACACCCCCCUAACAGACUUUCCCAGCGUAUACCAUCUCUCUGCACCAUCCCACUCAUUCAUUUGACCACAUUUCCCAGUGCCUGCUCCUCAUCAGGAACUGGACAUCAAAAAGGGGGACUUUAACCCAGAGGAGAGUCAGGCUAAGAUCUCAGCAAGCACCAGAUCGGCUGCUAUCACGUGCGGCGGCCUUGGUGUAGGUUUUACACCUACCCUCCUCUGAGAUGCGCCCGCCACUCAGGCCUCCAGUC